AUGCAGAUUCUCUCGAUCUUGGCCUUGGCCGCGCCUAUCCUAGGUGCCGUCAUUAAGGACACUUCCAUUGACAGUUCCAUCAACGGAACCGUCAUCCGUGAUGACAUCAAGGUCCUCUGCGGUGCCCCUCCUACCACCCCGGACAACAACUUCCCGGCGUACCAGUACGCCUACCCUAUCGGUCUGCUCCUCAGCGGUGGCAGCCGCAAGUUCCACCUUGAUGCCGGCCCUGGCAACUGCAAGCAGGCCGCCUGCAACGCCGGUGGUGGCCCCGGUGUUUUUAUCUGCAAUGAUGCCACACAUUCGAUCGAUAUCCUGUACACUGAUGCUGGAUACUUUGCCCAGCAGGUCUACCGCCAGUGCAAGACCCGCCACGCCGACGGCGUCGACUGGGUCGAGAAGGGCCAGGCCUUCUGCCCCGACAACUGGAACGUCAUCCUCACUGACGUCGGCCCCAACUGCGAGGCCAGCACCCUGCCCCCCGACUCUUCUGCCUAGUCGGGCCCGCUACUUGGUUAAGCACUUUACCCAUCUGUUGAAGAAGAAAAGUUGCACGCGAUUUGAGUUGAGCACGGGAUUCGAGAACGGGGGAUAGUAGGUUGGAGGAGGACGCCUCUUGAUGAUUUCCUACCUGGCCUUGACAUAUGGGACGCUAGUUAGUUAGUUAGUCAGGUAGUGGGCGUCGACUCGAUUUCCGCCGAGAUGCCUCGUGAAUCCAAAAGUUAACGCACCUUGAUACACCUUUGUCGUGACUCUAAAUAGUGA